CAGUCAUCCAUGGUUCACCCACCAGUCUUUGACCGACUGUUGUAGUGAGUGUUAUAGAGAUUUGCUGUCUUUUUGAGCGCUCUGACAUGUGGAUUUAUCUAUAAAACUUUGUGCAGCGAUUUUUUCCGGUCGAAAGACGCAACAAGCGUGAUACCAUGAUGUGGUUGGAUGACGGUAAAAGACACGUUUUGGGCGAUUCGGACGACGACAGUGUGAGCAGCGGCGAGGAGGUGCCCAUAUGGGUGCGCGGGGAGCAGCGCUGGGUCUCCGGGAUCACCGGCGAGACCACGUGCCAGGAGGUCAUCCAGGUCCUGCUCCAGGACGAGGAAUGCAGAGGCCGCCACAUGGGACUCCCCGAACAGUACCACAUAACAGAACGGUGGAGAGGUGUGGAGCAACCUCUAGAGCGCCAGUCUGUCAUUUUAGACAUUUGGAAUGCGUGGGGGACAGCACAGCCCGAAGUGAAAAUCUCACUGAGAAGAAUCAAACACGACAGGCCCCCAAGUCGGAGAACCCGCUGUCGGUCGGACUCAAGCACGUGGUCGGAUCGCAGCGCCUGGAAAACUAUACAUCCGAAGAGGCUACACGCUUUACAGAACGAAAAACAACCAUCAAGCACGGAGGAAUUACUCAAACUAGUUCUAGCUCAAGGAGAAGUCAUCAGACGACAAUUAAAGAAGUUGAGACACAGUGAACACCAAAUCGGCUAUUUAGAAGACAARACGCACAAAGCCCGAGUGCGCAAACACGGCAGCAACUACCUCCUUGAAACGUACCUAAAGGGCUUAUCCGAGGCUGUAGACCCYGAAAAUGAGCCCAAUUUAUGCACUGACAAGAACAGCGACAGUGGGGUCAUGACUGAAGGCGACAGUGAGCAGUCCAACACCAAGACACGACCUCCGGAAGUGAGUUAUUCCCUCAUUCCACUUUUUCUCUCUCCUAACAUUAAGUUCUUUYAGCUCGAGCGUUUUUCCCCCUCAUCGGAAGACUUCAGCAAAGACAUCAAAGACGACGAGACGAGUUCAACAGUCAGCGAAGCGACAAUUAGGGAACAAGUUGAACUUUUCGAGUCAAUAGCGAAAUUAAACAAACGUCUUCUCAAGGAAGAAGAGUGUUUAGUGAGACUAGAUGCGAAUCUAAGGAAGUAUGACAAGCACAAAACCAGCACGGAAGACUUGACGAAAGCUCUCACUAAUUUGAGGACGGAAAUGACGAAAAGUGCUUGCGAAAUGCAACAUAAUGAGGUGGUUUUGGAGGAAACGACGGAGAUGUUGCUCAAUAGGAGGCAUUAUUUGGAGAAUCUCCACAGAGAUUUAGCUAAUGAAGAGCAGGAGCACGAGAUGUUGCAAGCGCUGAUGUUCAGCACCAGGAGGCAGAGGCACAACCAAGACAGUUGUAGUCCCUAUUACUCGCAUACCAAAGAAUUGUUAGAUACCUUAGUUUAGCCCUUUAAUCACUAAUUAAUUUAAUACCAAAUAUUUCGUACCUAAUAGUUUUAUCGUCAUAACGUUGGAAAUUUGUUAGUCAUUGAUCUGAAUAUAUGUUUUUUACA